CCCCCGCGCACGCGCGGUGGGCGGGAGCGGCGUUGCGCGUGCGCCGCGGGAAGCGCGGGUUUGUUUGGUAACGUCCCGGCGGGCUGAGGCGGGGCCGGCAGCAGCGCCGAGGAGAGGGAGGCAGCGCCGGGAAGGCCUCACUAACCGGGCCGGGGCUUAUUUGUCUGCUGUCAAUUUCGGCCCUUGUCUGGUGAGAAGUGGCAGGACCUGAGUGAGGAAAGAGUGGCCUGAGGGGUAAGAAAAACUAGAUUUAAACUGCAUCAGAAACCACUGUGCUUAUGUGCAAAGAUAACGAAACCCUGCCACACAUCUUCCAAUAAAAUGGGGAAACCAAGUGGUGGGAGAUCAGCAAAAAAUCCUUUUAAAUCACAAAGUCAACAAGGGCAUUCUAGCAAAAAAAAGGGAGCAGAUGAACAAGGAAGAAAACAAGGUUCAAAAAGACAGCAGGUCCCAAAGAAAGGCAAAAGGGAAGUUAAGGAACUGAAGGACUCUUCCCCUGCAGCAGAAAAUGGUUCUUCAAAAAAGGUGAAGCUGUCCAGUGCCGCAGUAAGAUCUUGGCAGCCUCUCUCAGAGAACAGUAGGCUAUUCCUGGAAAAUAUAGUGGAUUCAGUAGUACUGUCUGUUUUGUCCCAACAGAGGGAGGGAAAAGAUGAUGUUCAGAAGCACCUUAAUGUACUGAAAAACAGGGUUCUGAGAAGUUUCAAGACAUUAAAAGUGCCUCCAGGGAAGCUGGGCAACCUGAAGAAUAUCCUGGGCCUUCAAAUGGCAGAGAAACAAAUGCUUGAGACAAAUGAGGAGUCUUUGGUACAGCUGCAGGAAGAAAUAACCGACGCAGAGCAAUCAGUGGAGCGCAUUGAGGAAAAGAUACAGCAGCUGCAGAACAAAAUCCAGGUGCUCAAGAAGCAGUUAGAGGAAGAUGAAAAAGAAGCCAGAAAGGUCUUCCAGGAAAAUGGCAGUGAAGCACUCCAUCUUCCAGAACUCCCCAAGCGCAGUUUGCAGGCACCUAUUUUGCAGGAGGAAAUUUUGAAGGUAAAGAAUCAGAAGGGCCUUUUAAAGGAUAUGAAUGCUAUUCAGCAGUCAGCUGACUUGAAGAACUUGUUAACCCUUGUUGAAAAGGCCUAUGAGAAGCUGGAUUUGCUUUGAGAAGCCAAAAUAUGUCGAGUCUCUGUGCUGAGUUUGGAAUCCACUUUCUUCCUAAUGGCCCUCCUGUUGUGACUGCUGCAUUUACGUUAUAACAUUUUCUAUUAACAUUGGUAUAUAAAUGUGUAGAUACAUUUUGGGAGUCAAGUAAUUUAAGUCAUCUGUCAAGGUUUUUUGGGGUUUUUUUUGACCUGUGAUGGCUUCAAAUGAGGAUACAUCCUGUCUUAGGAGAAGGGAGGGAAAUGGAUCCUGGAUUAUUUGGGUGUUUUUACAGAAUAAGGGAACUAUUCCAUUCUAUUUGCAUUUCUUUAUCUGUAAAUCACUGAAGGCCAUGUCUUCUACGAAAGUAGUUUUUAUUUGGGAGUUUAAACCCAAAACAGGUAGUAAAAAUAAGCUUAUCUAAUACUUAUCUAAUACUGUUCAACUUUAUUACUGUUUUUUAACAAAAACCCUCAAUUGAAUAAAAUGUGAUAAUUUUUAUCAAAUGCACAAAAUUGCUCUUAUGUUUUCGUUACUUAAUACAAAAAACAACAUCAAACAACAUGAAAUAAUUUUCUCAGGUAAAUUACCUGCUGAAAGAUAGGAGUGUUCUUUAGACUGACUUGCUUCAUAAACUGCUGCUGCUACUCGUAAUUAGACAAAAGGUAAUUAUCUCUUUUCUCUGAGGGCUUGAAAGCCUCUCUGGAGUUAGAAUCAUGGAAUUUCUUAAGUUGGAAUCAACCUGUAAGGAUUUCUGAGUCCAGCUCUCUACUCCUCGUAGGAUUACCUAAACCAUGUAGGAUCAGGAAAACCAGACUAAGUACUUGCUUUAUACUGAAUCACAGGAAAAGGAUAUAUAAUUAUUUAGAAGUAUUUCUCAAACUUUUUAUCACUUGGCAAGGGAAGCCAAGUUACUGAUAUAACCAUUACCCCAAAAUAAUUUAAUCCAGAGCAUGGGUUAAAGAUUUUCCUGCAUGCCAGGAAGAGGUUAAGUAGAGAUAUACUACUUUGCUUUCAUUGAGGGUGAUUUACUGUUUGGGUUUUGAACUUCCUGAGCCACAUAGAGACCUUUGCCUUUUUGAAAGUUUUUUAUUUUGAAAAGAAAGUGUGGAGAAGGGCAGUGAGUAGGAGUCAGAUCAGCUUCCACACAAGGAAGUUGAAAUAGUAACUGAAGAAUGAGCUGUUGCAUUACAACACUGGAUAGAUACAGAGGCAAGCCAUAAUUAAUUUAAUUUAAUUUUUUUCCCCCACAGUGGGUGAUUUAUGAUAGGCUGGCUGUGGGUAUUGUUACUUUGGGGUUUUCAUGCACACAUAAGCAGGGUAACAAGAACCAGGAACAUAAAUCCAGACAUUAAGCAGGUGGUCUUAGCUUGACUUGAUGGUGGAUUCUCUUGCACAGAGUUGCAGAAUGAUCUGAUUGUUGCUUUUGAUGAGAUUUGAAGCCUCUUCCAGAAGGUUCACCGAUGUUGAUCUGUGUUUGUGGAGCUGUGACCACAGCUCUGUGAUUUGACCUGGGAGCACCUGAAACUUCCAUUUCACAAACCUUGGCUUUAAAUAGGUAAGAUAUUUUCCUCUGUGUAUGCUUUAUGUACUGAGUUUAUCCAUUUAAGGAAUACUCAGGGAAAAUCUUAAAGAGCUUCUGGAUUCAGGUCAACUUGGCUUAAGGUUUUUCCUCAGAAGUGAUCUACAACAAUUUGAUUUCUUUGCGUAUGGAAAUGGCGUAGGGAGAAGAGCCAAGGGAAGAAGCUGCACUGGGACACUGGGGACCAUCAGGAUAUCCAGCCCAGCUU